AAGCUUUCACCUUUUUCGCUAACUCAAGCAAUAUUAACAUUCUUGUCUCACUGCCAAUCCCUUUUAUAUUUGUUUAUUUUCUAUUUUAUAAAAUAAAAUUCUCGACUGAUUUCAUUUUUCGAUAUCACGGUUGCGGUUCAACGGUCUUUGUUUCAGUCCAAAAUCAACGGCUGCGGUUGCAUGUCAGACGGCCGGACUUAGUUCCUCCGCGAGAGCGACCGAGAGGGCGAAGUCGUUGGAAUCUAUGUGUAUUGGUGAGGUAAGGAAGUUAGGAUUUGCCGUCUCCGUUGGAGGCCUAUUAAUAUCGGGUGCAGGAUAAAUGCUUCUUGUUGGGGAUCUAGGGUUUUCGAGCCCGGUCCUUUUGGUCUCCCUCGUCCUUCCUUUGAUCGGCUUUUUCAUUAGGCGGAAAUGGCGGCUAUCUGUAGCCAGGCAAGCGGAGAUCCAGAGGCUUUUGAUUUUGGCCUCGGAGGAGACCGCUAGGGCCGAACUUGAAGCCACUGUUGGACACGGUGCGGUUUCCAUUUCGCGGAACUAUCACCAAUGCGCCGUUUGUUAUCGUCCUACUACUACUCGGUGCGCCCGCUGUAAAACUGUUCGAUACUGUUCUCCUAAGUGUCAAAUUAUUCACUGGCGUCAAGGUCACAAGGAAGAAUGUCAUCCACCUCCAAUUGUUGAACACCAAAAUCAUGAUGACGAAGGUCAUUAUGGUCAGAAGGCAAUAGAAGAAGACCAACAUGGAGACGACUAUGAAACCGAAGAAAAGUUGGAUGCAAAGUUAACUGGAACAGCCUCCACAGAAUCUGCAUUGUUUAACUCCACAACAGAACUUGCAUUGUUGAGUUCCUCUAGCUCUUCUGCAGUUUUACAAGGGAAGGAUAAUGAUGCAAAGGUUGAGUUUCAUGCUGAUGGGGAAGGUCUGAACUCUGCUUCUGAAUCUUCUGGUGCUUCAUUUUCUGGAUUCUCAUCUUCUGCUGCUGGUAGUGAAUCAUCUGGUGAUGUUUCUGUGUGUGAGAGCAUAAGUUCAGAUGAGCCUGAUAAAUUAGAUAGUUUUCUUUCUGCUGAUGCUAAUCUUGACACAUUUUGGACUUCGUCUGUUGUCAACAAUUUGGAUCAAACCAAUCCAUCAUCUACAAAAUUUGUUAGGCUGAUAGAGUCUGUAGAUAAAAAUUCUAAAAUAAAUAAAUUAAAUCAAACUAAGCCUGAUCAAAGUGGAGAGAGCCAGUGCAGAGCAAUUAGUCCUUCAGGGUCAGGUGGUAGGGAUAUGUGUGAGGACUCAAUUGCUGAGGGUUCUAGAUUGUCUUCUGAUUUUUGGGACAGAACUCUGGAAUCAGUUCCAUCUACCAAUGUUGCUAACAAUGAGUCUUUUAACACUUAUCAUAAAGACGUUAUAGAGGCCUCACUUGAUUCUGGAUCAUCCUUACAUUUUUCUUUGGCUUUGUCUGGAAAUGCUUCUUCCUCACAUCCACACAGCUCCAAGGUGAAAGAUACCAAAUUGGAUGAUGCUCCUCAGGGUGCUACUACUUUGGGGACAGCCAAGCUUUCUAAUGGAGUAACUUCAGAAAAUGUUGUUUUAGGUUCUUCGAAUGUCAGAAACUCCAAGUCUUCAAAUUCUGAAUGGGCUAACUACGUGGAGUGUAGGUCUAACAAUAUUCAGCAUGCCGCAAAACCCAAAGAAGCUACCUGUACAGAUGUUCCACCAGUCAGUGGCUUGCCGUCCUCAUGUUUUGAAAAAUCAUGCUCUACUUAUGUCAUUAAUGGACCUAUCAACGCUUCUCAUACAUUAAAGCCAUCUGAUGCUUAUUCAUCCAAUGCUAGAGUGCAUAUUGUCCCCAGUGUGAAAUCUGAGAAAAUUGACGAUGAUCCUGCAAAUGUUGCUAAAUUACCUCAGGUUUGUAAGAAUGGGUUGAAAACCUCUAUGUUGAAAGUUGUUGAUCAAUUAAGAGGAUCUAAAUUGCCAAAACGCCAUCAACUUGGAGCUAGUAAUGAGGAAAUGUUUUCUUAUGAAAACUUUGUCAAACUUUAUAGUUGGAAUAAGGUGGAACUGCAACCACGUGGCCUUAUAAACUGUGGAAAUAGUUGUUAUGCCAAUGCUGUCCUCCAAUGCUUGACUUUCACUCCUCCUCUGACUGCUUACUUUCUUCAUGGACUCCAUUCCAAAGCAUGUGCAAAGAAAGAAUGGUGCUUCAUGUGUGAAUUUGAAAAUCUAGUUUUGAAGGCUAAAGAUGGGAGAUCUCCACUGUCCCCCAUAGGAAUACUUUCCCAACUACAAAACAUUGGUAGUCAACUUUCUAAUGGGAAAGAAGAAGAUGCACAUGAAUUUUUAAGGUAUGCUAUUGAUGCUAUGCAAUCUGUUUGUCUUAAAGAAGCUGGGGUGGUUUCAUCAAGUUAUUUAGAAGAAGAAUCGACUUUAAUAGGUUUAACAUUUGGAGGCUACCUUCGGUCAAAGAUAAAGUGUAUUAAGUGCCAAGGCAAGUCUGAACGACAUGAAAGAAUGAUGGACCUUACAGUUGAAAUUGAAGGAGAAAUAGGAACCUUGGAAGAGGCACUUCGACGGUUUACCAGGACAGAGAUUCUGGAUGGAGAAAAUAAGUACCAAUGUUGCAGAUGCAAAUCUUACGAGAAGGCCAAAAAGAAGCUGACAAUAUUAGAGGCUCCAAAUGUUCUUACAAUUGCUUUGAAGAGAUUUCAGUUCGGUAAGUUUGGAAAGCUUAACAAAGCAAUUCGAUUCCCUGAGAUCCUGAACUUGGCACCAUAUAUGAGUGGGACAAGUGAUAAAUCACCCAUAUACAAGCUCUAUGGUGUCGUGGUCCAUUUGGAUAUUAUGAAUGCAGCAUUUUCGGGUCACUACUUGUGCUAUGUUAAAAACGCACAAAACAAGUGGUUUAAAAUUGAUGACAACACGGUAACUUCUACAGAACUCGAAAGGGUUCUAACAAAAGGAGCAUAUAUGCUUCUUUAUGCAAGGUGCUCACCCAGGGCCCCAAGAUUGAUGAGGAACAGAAACAAGGCCAUUCCAUCGAGGGUUAAUUCAAAGAAUCUGCUGAAGUCAAGUUCUUUGACACAUUCUAGUCUUGAUGAAUUCUACCCCAGCUUGAUUCAUCGAGAUACUCAUGGGAGCAUUGGAUCUUUUUAUUCAAAAUUCAAUCAUCUGCAAAGGAUUUUAGAGGACUCAUCGUCAAGUGACAGUUCUUCUCUUUUAAGCAGCAACUCUGAUGAAGGUUCCUGCUGUACUGACAGCACACGCGAUUCUAACAGCGCUGAUGACUUACUAGAUUCUAUAUUCGGUGAUUCGAUACAUGGGUUUAACAGCCCAUGGAGGGGUUCUGAUUCCGAUGCUUAUUCAUCUUCCUCGUCUUCCCCCCUUUACUCGAGGCAUUAACCCUGUGCUGAUUUUGACCGAUAUGCUUCAGGUUCACCUGAAAUUCGCAACUCUAGAAUGAAUGGUGAAGGUAAGGGAGAUGAUCCUUUUUCCCACUCCGACCUGAGUAAACAGUGUAGAGGCAGCAGUAGGCCUAGGGAAACUGACUCAGAAAGAUUAGUAGGGUUUAACCCUUUAAAUGAUGCAUCUUUUUAGAGAAAAUCAACGAGGGGGAAAAAAGAACAGAUUAAAAAUCUUAUUAUGAGAUAUCGAAUU